GAUCCUAGGACUCCGCAUUGAUGGUCCUUGUGUCACAGGGACAGAUAGGCAUGUUUGGCGGAAUGUAUGUGAUAAUUUGUUAGGACUAUCACUGGAGUCCUUGCCUGGAGGGUAUAUUAGAUUGAAAUGGCUAAAAGAGAAUUUUGCUAACCCAUUGCCACACGAUGCAUCAGAAGUCAUGAUCCAACAACAUGCUAGAGCAUAUAUUUUGCACAUGAUCGGGACGCUUCUUUUUCCCGAUUCAAGUAAACAUAAAGUGCAUUUGAGGUGGUUACCACUUCUCGAAGACUUUGACGUGUGUGGGACAUUAUCCUGGGGUAGUGCUGUUUUAGCAUAUCUAUAUCGAGAAAUGUCAAAGGUUGCUUUAAUGCAAAAUAAAGAGCUCAAAGGCUGUUUGACAUUGUUACAAGUUUGGGCAUGGGAGAGACUGGUUUUGAAACCGCGAUUAUGCGAGAUCCGAGAGUUGGAUGGACAGAUUCCACUAGGCUGCAGAUGGAAUGUCACUAAAGCCUAUAAUGAGGUCCCGGCUAGACAGUUAGACUUUUACAUGGGGGAGCUCGAUCGAAUGAAAAUUUUUUAG